AUGUCGAACUUGAAAGACUUGAAUGAGCCAUUCUACGUGCGAUACUACUCUGGCCAUUCUGGCAGAUUUGGCCAUGAAUUUCUGGAAUUUGACUUCAGAGUCAUUGGAGACGGUCGAAGCGCAAUAGCGAGAUAUGCAAACAACUCCAACUACCGCAACGAUUCCCUCAUUCGCAAAGAGAUGUGUGUCAGCUCCCUCCUCGUCUCAGAGAUCAAGCGGAUUAUCAAAGACAGCGAGAUCACGAAGGAAGAUGAUUCGCGGUGGCCACAGAAGAACAAAGACGGAAGACAAGAGCUUGAGAUCAGAUUGGGAAACGAGCACAUCCAAUUUGAGACUGCGAAAAUUGGCUCGCUCGGAGACGUGACGGAUUCGGCCGACCCAGAAGGGCUGCGAGUGUUCUACUAUUUAGUGCAGGAUCUCAAAGCUUUGGUGUUCUCCCUGAUAUCUCUCCACUUCAAGAUCAAACCCAUCUGA